AUGAUAUACUUCCACAAUCUUUUAUUACUAAUUUUAUGUUAUUUAAGUGAAAUUAACAGUGCACGAAUCUUAGGAAUAAUCCCAACACCUUCAAUAAGCCAUCAAAUCGUUUACAGACCAAUUUGGAAGGAAUUAUCUCAAAGAGGACACAAAGUAACGGUUUUAACGACCGAUCCAAUCAAUGAUACGUCCUUAAAGAAUUUAACCGAAAUAGAUCUUAGUUUUUCGUACGACCUCUACAACAACAAACAUAAUUUUUCUGAUAAAAUCGAUAAAUUAGCUGGAAAACCGCUUGAAAUGGUUAAUGCUAUAAUAACUAUGAACGCUGAUAUUUGUGAUGAACAACUCAAACAUCCCAAAGUAAAAAGAUUAAUUAACGACCCAAACGAACAUUUCGACGUUAUUUUAGUUGAAAUUUUGCAACCAUGCAUGUUUGCUUUCGCCCAUCGAUUCAAAGCCGCUUCUAUAGGAGUUGUAUCAAUGGAUGCUCAAUCAGCAGCUUAUGAUAGCGUCGUAAAUCCGACACAUCCUAUAUUAAAUCCGGAUUUUAUGUUACCUUUAGCUGGAAAAUUAAGCUUUUUUGAGAGAGUGUUUAGUGUUGUUAUUUCUAAUGUAAUGAGAGUCUAUGGAUUUUUGUUUAUUAUACCGAUUAAUGAUAAAGUUAUUCGGGAAAAUUUCGGUGAUGAUUAUCCAUCGUGUAAGGAUUUUAUUCAAUAUUUGGAUAUGUUGUUUGUUAAUGUUCAUCCGAUUUUAAGUGGAAUAAGACCGAAUGUACCUGCUGUUGUUAAUAUUGGAGCUGGGUUACAUAUUCAAUCGCCUAAAAGUUUACCAGAGGUAAGUAAUUUUUUUAUGUAUCGUUACCAUAAGAAAUGCGAAACGUACACGAUGUGUGUUAGAGUGAAAUGGCUAUUAAUUAAUAUGUCUGUGCAACAGAACUCGACAGUCCGUUGA